AUGAAGUUCAAGGAAAAACUCGAGGAAAAUUCAGAUUUUCGUAAAAAGGCGCUUGCGAUUUUUGGCGCCCUUUUCUUCGUCACCUCGCUAAAUUAUUUCUUUUGUUGCAGUUAUCUUACGAAGUUUCCACACAUUGCUGGUUCUAAGCGUAAUAACGAACUUGCUCGUGAAAUAGCAAGGAGAUGGGAACAUUAUGGCUUUGAUAAAGUAGAACUGGCACGAUAUGACAUCCUACUUAGCCUUCCCGAUCCUAAUAAUCCUUCCUCUGUCUCGAUAGUAGAUAACGAAGGAAGAACUCGACUACAGUUUCCUCUCAAAGAAAAGGCUGUUUUACCGAGUGAGGAAUCCCCGGAUGUACUACCGCCCUUUCUCACGGUUACUCCAAACGGCACUGUGAUGGGAGAUGUUGUCUAUGCGAACUUUGGCAGAGACGAAGACUUUGAACAGCUUAUCAAACAGGGAGUCUCUUUGAAAGAUCAUAUAGUGAUCAUCAGACAGGGUAGAAUAUUCAGAGGAAAUAAGGUACAUAAUGCUGAAAUACAUGGUGCGAUAGGAGUUCUUAUCUACAAUGAUCCCUCUGAAUUUGCCCCAGAUGGCACAGAUAACACGUUCCCCAAAACCUGGUGGCUGCCUAAAACAGGUGUCCAGCGUGGAUCAGCAUCUCGUGCGGUAUCUCCGGGAGAUAUCUCCACAUAUGGUUAUCCGUCUGUACGAGGGAUAUAUAGAAAGCCGUGGAAGACUAAGUUAAGAAGUAGAAUCCCUGCUCAUCAUAUUUCAUUUCAAGAUGCAUUGGAUAUAUUCAGCCGAUUAAAAGGUCCUAGAGCACCAGAUUCCUGGCAAGGUGGUUUAAACAUCACAUACCGAGUCGGACCCGGGUUUAAAGACAAGGAAACGAAAAUCAAAAUGGUAGUAGGAAGUGUUAUGGUGAAGAAACCCAUCUACAACGUGAUUGGUACAAUCACAGGAACCCAAGACUCUGACCGUUAUGUUUUACUUGGUAACCAUAGAGACGCGUGGGUGUACGGUGCCAGCGAUCCGUCCAGCGGCACAGCAAUCAUGAUGGAGYUAUCACGUGGUGUAGGAGAGCUACUGAAGUCGGGUUGGCGGCCACGAAGAACGAUCAAAUUCUGCAGCUGGGAUGCUGARGAGCAGUUUAUAGCUGGAUCAACUGAAUGGGUGGAAGAUAACGCUGCGAUUCUAAGAUCCAGGGCUGUGGCAUAUCUAAACCUGGAUAUAGGAGUUGGGGGUAAUUUCACCUUCAACGUAGAUGGCAGCCCGCUCAUUGAGGAUGUUCUCGUGUCUACAGCACGAGAGGUCCUGGACCCCACAUCCGAAUCUGAAGGCGCGAGUAUGUAUGACGUCAUGAUGGAGAGAGACGUCACAAAGAAUGUCAAUCAUAAACCGGUCGUUCAGAAUCUUGCUUUUGGUAGCGAUUACGUUGCUUUUUAUCACUUCCUAGGCGUCACAUCUGGAGACUUUACUUAUAUCUUCGGAGGAACCCAUGGAAUUCGAAGGUCAUACCCAGUAUAUCACUCAAUACAUGACACAUAUUACUGGCUGAAGACGUUUGUAGACCCGAAUUUUAAAAUUCAUUUAGCUGUAGGGCAAUACGCUAGCAGACUGCUUAUGAAAUUCGUGGAUUCUGUCUUCCUACCUAUGAAUCCUACGAACUACGUUCCUAUCCUGAAAAAACAAAUUCUACAUCUGAAAAAUAAUCCCGCGUUCAAGAGGCAUGACAUAGAUUUGCGCGCACUGAGCAAUGCGGUGAAAUACUUCCAAAAUAAUUCAAUUUUAUUCGAAAAAGCGAGAUCGAAAGUUAGAAUACAGGAAAAUAGAAGCAUCAUUCGCACUCUUAAUAACCAGAUUUCUAAUCUUGAACGAGCAUUUAUCAACACUGUCGAAAAAUAUGAUCAUUUUUUAUUCGAUAAUGUGAUCUUCGGUCCCAUGUGGGAUAACAUAUAUUCAGGUCAUUACUUCCCGCGGGUCCAUGAAGCUAUACAACGAGCUAGUGUUAAAGGGGAUUGGGAAAAUGUUAAGAAAGAAAUAUCAGUUGUGCUGUUUGCCAUUAGAUCGGCAGCUAAAGUUUUAGAACCUUUAUAACCAUGAAAUGGGGAAAAUAUAU